GAUGAGUUUUGACCAGAAUUUAUUUCACCAGGUGACAGUGGAAAGGGGACCGAUAAGCGCUGUGUUUACUGUUCCAAGAAGAUAUUCAAAUCUUUCAUUUCUUAGCGCUGGUGCUCAAGGCAUUGUUGUGAAAGCGGAUGACACAGUAACAAAUACACCGGUGGCGAUCAAAAAGAUUGUGCACCCGUUUUUGACCACCAUGACUGCCAAAAGGACGUACCGCGAAUUUGUGCUACUCACAACAAUGCGCCAUCCUAAUAUAAUAGCGUUGAAAAGUGCCUUUACACCAGAAAGCUCGCUGGCGGAUUUUGAAGAUAUUUAUUUGGUCAUGGAAUUAAUGAGCUACAAUCUGAACCAAGUAAUUAGGCAACUAAAAUUGGAUAACAAACACCUGUCUUAUUUCACAUAUCAGAUGAUUGACUUGAAACCGAGUAAUAUAGUGGUCAAUGGCGAGUGCAUUCUAAAAAUCCUUGAUUUUGGUUUGGCAAGAAAAAUAGAAACAGCAGAACGUAUGUCAAUUUAUGUGGUUACGAGGCAUUAUCGAGCACCGGAAAUUAUUCUUGGCCUUCCAUAUGAUGAAAAAGGUUCACUUUUUGCAUUUUAAAA